UGAAGCCAUGUUAAGGGGGCGUUUUCAUUCUAUUUUUCCCCGGACUUAAUUUUUCCCCUUUGCAGCAUCAGUAGUAGUAGAGCCAGCCCCCUAUGUAGCCUAUGUACGUACGGUGGUUGUAGUUUUUUUUAUGAACAGGAUCCGCAUAAGGACAGCGAAUACAGCCAUUCCUCGGAGACUUACGAAAGGGAAGAUCAGGCCUGCAUCGAUUCGUGUAAAGGAGGACAAACAGGUACAAACUUGGAGAAUUUCACGCUCGCGCAUAUCCGGUUUAUUGCGUUUUGUGGCGAGCUGCGUCUCCGAAAGAACGUUCCUUUCUGACCAUGUCUGAUGAGAUUACACAUCCAAUGGAUUGAAAACAAAAUGGGGGUUGCGCUGUAGCAUGGGAGGAACAUAAUUACAAAAAAGGUUAUGGCCCGAUGUCCCAGACAUUUCUAUUUGAGAACAACAGCCGCGGAUUUCUAGUGGAUAGGCAACCCACUGAAGCAAGGCCAUUGAUUAGAUAGAUAAGCUAGUUAAGUGUGCAUAAUCCUGUGGCGAUAGGAGGAAGAAAAACGUAUCAAGGGGUUAUUUUUAUUCCUGCAGAAUGGAGCAUCUAUGUAUAAACAUUUGUAAUUUGUCAUAUUCAUGGUUGUUUGUACAUUUAGUAUUGCUAUGUCGUUUAGGAUCUGUAAUUAAGCUUAAGCCUUCAUAUUUGACUAAAAAACAUGAAUAAAAUUACUGUACGUCGAGUAGGCCAUUGUACUAGGUGGCAUGAUCUUUUGUUCUUUUAUUUUUCAAGUGCAUGGGGCAAUCGAGAAUACGAAACGCAUUCAAGAUGCACAAAUCAAUGCAUUCGAAGUAAUAUAUGUCGCGUCUUAGAUUGCAAAUGCCAUUUCCAAAACUGGAGUCUGUAGGCCACUGCGGCCGUCUUCUGUACAGUAUUAUUGAGUUUGUUUACAUAGUUACCUUUGGGAAAGUUAAAUUGUCUACCCUUCCUAUCUUCACCUUGAAAAGUAUUUACAAAUAAUAAAUACUAAUACGUUAAUCAAAUGAAUCCUAUAAUGGCACCUACAACUUUACAAUUCCUUUGAACAAUGUAGUGCAAUUUAAUUCUUAAAUAUUGUAGGCCUUAUAUUGCAUCGUAUUUUGGAAUUGUCUGCUAAUGAUAUAUGUUAGUGUGCUUUGAUAGUUUUAUUCAGUCUCUGAUCUUAUCAGCUUUGCAAACUGUGAAGGUAUAGGCCUAUAUGAGGACAAUAUGAUCCUGAAAGGCCUCUUCUGUACAUCUCAACCUGGAAUCUCAAUCUUUGUUUCUCAAGUUCACAGAUCUGCAGAUUUGUUUAUACAUGUGUUAUUAAUUUAAAUAAUUAUUGAUCAUAUAGCCUGCUGACAAGUUCCCACUUCUCACACCCAGACUUAUCUUGGUUAUGCCACAUGUAAACACACCUGAUUCUAGUCUAGUCAUUAACAUUUCAAUGUAUGGAAGCUUCAACAUGGCACAUAUACAAGCUUUUGGAGGAGUACAUUUAGUAUUUAUUAAAUUCCUUUGGGCAAACAAAACAGGUGGUAAUUAUUAACAGUUUUGCACAUUGCUGUCUAGUGUAUUUCAAUUGGUUCAUCGCUGCAUGUACAGUACAAAUGACCCAUUUAACGUAGAUUCAAUCUCCAUCCUUAACACUAACCAUGUUAAAUGGACUGUUGUCCUCCCCAGGUAGACGUAGCUGAGGCAAGAUGUCAGCCCGAGGAGGGAAGAAGAAGACCACCAAACUGUCCCGCUCCGCCAGAGCAGGGGUCAUCUUUCCUGUGGGGAGGAUGAUGAGGUAUCUACGCACAGGGACCCACAAGUACCGCAUCGGCAUGGGGGCACCCGUCUACAUGGCAGCCGUCAUAGAGUACCUGGCAGGUUGGCGUCUCACCGGAGUGAAAACACACACACAUCUUUCUUCAAUUCAGUUGUCUGUCCAAUAUAACAGGAACAUUUUUAUCUAAAAUAUAUACUGAAUACAAAAUAUAAACGCAACAUGUAGAGUGUUAGUCCCAUGUUUCAUGAGCUGAAAUAAAAGAUCCCAGACAUUGUCCAUACGCACAAAAAGCUUAUUUCUCUCAAAUGUUGUGCAUAUAUUUGUUUACAUCCCUGUUAGUGAGCAUUUCUCCUUUGCCAAGAUAAUUCAUCCACCUGACGUGUGGCAUGUCAAGAAGCUGAUUAAACAGUAUGAUCAUUACACAGGUGCACCUUGAUGAGAAAAAAACAACAACUUAAUCCAUUUUAGAAUAAGGCAGUAACGUAACAAAAUGUGGAAAAAGUCAAGGGGUCUGAAUACUUUCCGAAUGCACUGUAUUUUUGUUCAGUAUAUGAAUACUUUGUCUGAAGAUUUUCUAAUGACAUUUUAUUUGUUUAGCUGAGAUUUUGGAGUUGGCAGGAAAUGCAGCAAGGGACAACAAAAAAGGCAGAAUAACUCCUCGGCACAUUAAACUGGCUGUAGCCAACGACGAGGAGCUCAACCAGGUACAGUAUUAUUCCCAUUAAAAUUGACAAACAUUAAGAAAAUGUCCUAUGAUGAACUCAGCAAAGUCAGUGUUUGUUGUUCUAUUUCAUUGCAUCAUCGUUACACUUUAUUAUAUUGCAGUAUAUUUCAGUGCCUAAUAGGGAUCCAUGAAACUAUGAUGAAAGUAGUCCCUUUGUCUAAGGCAGGGGUGUCAAACUCAUUUUAGCUCAGGGGCCACAUGGAGGAAAAUCUAUUCCCAAGUGUGAAUGUGGUUUGACACCCCUGGUCCUCUGUACUCACUGGUAGAGCACGGCGCUUGUAACGCCAAGGUAGUGGGUUCGAUCCCCGGACCACCAUACACAUAAAUGUAUGCACGCAUGACUGUAAGUCGCUUUGGAUAAAAGCGUCUGCUAAAUGGCAUAUUCAUAUUCUAAGUGGGCCGGACCGGUAAAAUCAUGGUAUAUAUAACUUAAAAACAACAACUUCAGAUUGUUUUCUUUGUUUUAAUAUUAUCAACAUAAAACAUAAAGCUGGAGCCUGAGGACAGUGUGUCCAAAUAGUACAAGCACAACAUCACUAUUAAUCAUAAAACACCUCAGUUUAUUUGAAAAUUCUAAGAAAAAGAACACACAAACAACAAUGCCUCAGUGAUUCACAGAACUGUUUCACAGAUCACAGAACUAUAUCAGGUGUCAUUUCUCAGGCAGAAAUGUAGAUACAAAUAAUGAAAUCCUGUUCCCCAAACAAGUGCAAGAACCACAGAGUCAAGAAUAGGUUAAAUAUACAAAUAAAAAAAAAUCAAUUAAAAACAAUAGCACAUCAACAUAAAAACAUAUAAACAUAAUAAUAAUAUAAUAUGCCAUUUAGCAGACACUUUUAUCCAAAGCGACUUACAGUCAUGCGUGCAUACAUUUUUGUGUAUGGGUGGUCCCGGGGAUCGAACCCACUACCUUGGCGUUACAAGCGCCGUGCUCUACCAGCUGAGCUACAGAGGACCACAUAAAGCUGGAGCCUGAGGACAGUGUGUCCAAAAGCACAACAUCACUAUUAAUCAUAAAACACCUCAAGUUAUUUGAAAUUCUGAGGACAAACAACACACAAACACACAAUGCCUCAGUGAUUCACAGAAGUAUAUCCCAGAUCACAUAACUAUAUCAGGGUGUCUCAUGCAGCACUUUAAGUGGGGUUGCAUAGUUUAUUUGACUCCUGAUACCUGGCAUCUUUUAGCUUUCACCAGCGCAUCAAUAUCAGGCGUCACAUCCUGAGUGGCAGCCAACUUCAGGAUGUGAUUCAAGUGCUUGUGCGUGAGCCUUGAGCGCAGCUUUGUUUUAUUUAUGCUCAUUACAGAGAACUUGCUCACAAAGAUAUGUGGUUCCAAACAUGCACAACAGUUUUGCAGCGAGGGCUGUCAAGUUGGGGUAACCUGGCAAGAGAUUCUGAUAAAAUGUCCAGCUGCGGCAAAUUUGCCCUUCAAAUCCGAGUCACACUGCAAGUAUAUUAUUUCAAGUUGGAUGCUGACGGGCAGAUCAGAGGGAUUCACGUUUAAUGGCGAACAAAAAACGUUGAAGUCUUUCUCCAGUUCACCAAAAAUCUGAAAGCGUUGCUCAAACUCCCUUAACAGUCCCGUUAUUUUAUCUUUGAACCGCUUCAUGUCUGCCACAUGUUGGGUCGCGCACACAUUUUUCAGACAGGGGAAGUGAGCUGCAUCACCACCGGCGAGUUGCGUCUCCCACAAUGACAGCUUCAACUUGAAAGAACGUAUGCUGUCAUAAUACUGCGUGGCAACUUUGUUGCACCCUUGCAGCUGUUUGUUCAAGUUAUUCAGGUGCUCUGUAACAUCCACCAUAAAUGCAAGGUCCUGCAUCCAUUCUGCGGAAUGAAAUUCUAACACUGGUUUGCCCUUUUCUUCCAUGAACUGUUCAAUUUCUUCUCAUAAAUCAAAGAAACGCCUCAGCACAGCACCUCGGCUUAACCAUCUUACCUCAGUGUGGUAUGGCAGGCCAUAGAUGUGGUCUUUCUCUCUGAGAAGGCUGUCAAACUGACGUUGAUUCAGGCUUCUGGAUCGGAUGAAAUUAACAGUUUGGAUGACCACCUUCAUGACGUUAUCCAUCUUUAAUGACUUGCAACACAAAGCCUCCUGGUGCAAAAUACAGUGAAAAGUCCAAAAAUCACGUCCUCCAUUUGCAGAUUGCACUUUCUCUCUCUCUGAACUUUGUCAUAACGCCUGCUUUUUUCCCCAUCAUUGAGGGCGCACCAUCUGUAGCCAGGCUGACAGCGCGGGACCAGUCCACUCCGACCCUGUCCAGCGCGCUGACGAGUGCAGUGAAAAUAUCAGCUGCUGUCGUUGUAUCUGUCAUCGGCACCAACUCCACGAACUCCUCUGUGACGGUCAAUGUGUCAUCAACUCUGCGGAUGAAAAUGGCCAGUUGUGCAACAUCUGUAAUGUCCGUGCUUUCAUCAAUUGCAACCGAAAACGCAAUAAAUUACUUUACUUUUUGCUUCAACUGGCUGUCCAAAUCCACUGAAAGAUCGGAAAUCCUGUCUGCAACUGUGUUUCUUGUCAGGCUGAUAUUUGCAAAAGCCUGUGUGCCCUGAAAAGCACCAAUCUCUGCUGCCUUCAUCAUGCAUGUUUUUACAAAUUCACCCUCACUAAAUGGUUUUGAAGCCACUGCGAUUUCAUUAGCAAUGAGGUAGCUAGCUUUCCCUGCAGCGCCACUGAUGUCUCGGCUGUGAGUAAACACAGACUGCUGUUUCUUCAGACUCGCCAACAGUUCAUUCACCUUCUCUCUUCUCCGCUGUCCUUGAAAGUUGUCAUAUUUGUCGGCAUGAAGACUCACAUAGUGGCGACGAAGGUUAUAUUCUUUCAGCACUGCAACAUGCUGUGAACACACCAAACAUACAGCUUUCCCAUUCAAUUCCGUGAAUAAAUAGAAGGAUGACAAUUUUUCUUGGAACACUCUGUGUCCACUUUUCUAUUUUUUGACAGAGACAUAUUGGGGCAAUGAGGGUGCCAAAGCACAUAAUGUUAAAAGUAGAAGCCGUAAUAAAUAUCGCGGGCAAAACAAAGUAGCUCAUCCGGACUGGCUGCACUUGCUUGACCUAUUUGCUCUGCCCCGGGAUAAACAGUUUGCUUGCUUAACACAAUUGCUAUUGCGCCAUCCAGUGGACACAAUUGGAACAGCAGUUUCUUUUAUUGAAAAAUUGCGGCUCAUUUUUAUACUUUACAAAAUCAUCUCGCGGGCCGGAUUAAACCCGUUUGCGGGCCGGACGUUUGACACCCCUGGUCUAAGGGUUCAGGAAGGUGCAGUUGACGCCAUAUGGCAUCUGUAUGGCAUCAUCAGGCAUGAACUGCCACUGCUUCUUGGUUAACCCCAAGUGGAAUUUUUUUUUAUUGAGGCCCCAAAUCCUGACAAGACAUACAGUGCUAUGAAAAAGUAUUUGCCUCCUUUCUGAUUUUCUCUAUUUUUGCAUAUUCUUGAUACUGAAUUAUCAGAUCUUCAACCAAAACCUAAUAUUAGAUAAAGGGAACCUGAGUUUACAAAUAAAAUAAGUAUACAUUUUUUGGGUUAUUUAUUUAACAAAGUUACGCAACACCCAAUUCCCCUGUGUGAAAAAAGUAAUUGCCCCCUUACAAUCAAUAACUGAUUGUGCCACAUUUAGCUGUAAUGACUGCAACAUAAUGCUUCCUGUAGUUGUUGAUCAGUCUCUCAAGUCACUGUGGAGGAAUUUUGUCCCACUCUUGCAUGCAGAACUGCUUUAACUCAGUGACAUUUGUGGGUUUUCAAGCAUGAACUGCUUGUUUCAAGUGCUGCCACAACAUCUCAAUUGGGGUUUAGGACUGGACUUUGACUAGGCCAUUCCAAAACUUCAAAUUAGUUGCUUUUUAGCCAUUUUCAUGUAGACUUGAUUGUGUGUUUUGGAUCAUUGUCUUGCUGCAUGACCCAGCUGCGCUUCAGCUUCUGCUCACAGACGGCUGGCCUGACAUUCUCCUGUAGAAUUCUCUGAGCAUCCCCAAACCAUCACACUACCACCACCAUGCUUGAUCGUUGGUAUGAGGUUCUUACUGUGGAAUGCAGUGUUUGGUUUCCAGCAGGCAUAAUGGGACUCAUGUCCUCCAAAAAGUUGACUAAAGUUUGCCAAAAAGCACCUGGAAGAUCAUCAAUACUUUUUGGACGACAUGGGUCCCAAUAUGCCUGGCAAAAACCAAUCACUGCAUUCCACAGUAAGAAAGUGUGAUGGUUUGGGGAUACUUUGCUGCCUCAGGACCUGGACGACUUGCCUUAAUAGAAGGAACCAUGAAUUCUACUCUGUAUCAGAGAAUUCUACAGUAGAAUGUCAGGCCAUCUGUCUGUGAGCUGAAGCGCAGCUGGGUCAUGCAGCAAGACAAUGAUCCAAAACACACAAUCAAGUCUACAUGGAAAUGGCUAAAAAGCAACACAUUUGAAGUUUUGCAAUGGCCUAGUCAAAGUCCAGACCUAAUCCCAAUUGAGAUGCUGUGGAAGGACUUGAAACGAGCAGUUCAUGCUUGAAAACCCACAAAUGUCGCUGAGUUAAAGCAGCUCUGCAUGCAAGAGUGGGCCAAAAUUCCUCCACAGCGACAUGAGACUGAUCAACAACUACAGGAAGCGUUUUGUUGGAGUCAUUGCAGUUAAAAGGUGGCACAACCAGUUAUUGAUUGUAAGGGAGCAAUUACUUUUUCACACAGGGGCAUUGGGUCUUGCGUAACUUUGUUUAUUAAAUAAGUAUAAUUGUUGUGUUAUUAUGUAAUUUUUCACAGCACUGUAACUGUCAAAGGUUAUAUGCUCAAUGCACUCCAACAUAUUUAAUGUUUUAUAGGCAGUGGGGACAUUCAGCUUGCAUUCAAAUAAGUGGGGACUGGGGAGAAAAUAGUGAUGAACUAAUUACACUUAAUAGACAAUGUUCUUUAUCAUUUUAGCAGGAUUUCACCACUUGACUAGUAAAGUAUUUCUCAGAGCAAAGAACUUGACCAAUGAUAGACUGAAUAUCUAUUGAAAAGUAAACUAAUUCACCUGUUCUUUGGCCUCUCUCAGCUUCUCCGAGGGGUGACCAUAUCAAACGGAGGGGUCCUGCCUCGUAUCCACCCGGAGCUAUUGUCCAAGAAGAGGGGCAGCCGAGUGAAAGUGGACACUCAGGUGACCGUGCCAGAGAAGAGGGCGGAACGCGUCAAGAGCAUCAAGAAACCCACCACCAAAAAAGGCAAAGGCAAACCAGGCCGCAAGCCAAGGGUCAGUACACAUGAAUGGGCUUCGUGAAUGACGGCAAACAUCUCAAUUUGUCAAUGUGUUUGUUAUAGUGUUAUAAGAAGGAUGAGUAUGUUCUGUUUUUCUUUGAUUCUAUGAAAAGAAGAGCACAGAAAACGAAAAAGAAACUGUCGUAGCCAACUCAACAGUGGAAGAUGGACCAGGCGAUGGAUUCACUAUCCUCUCAGCGAAAAGCCUGUUCCUUGGACAAAAGGUAUCAUGUCAUGUCAGUUAUGACAAAACUGUCAUUCUGUGACACCUAUUGUAAAGAUACACUAUAUAUACAAAAGUAUGUGGACACCCCUAUAAAUGAGUGGAUUCAGCUAUUUCAGCCACACCCAUUGCGGACAGGUGUAUAAAAUCGAGCACACAGCCAUGCAAUCUCCAUAGACAAACAUUGGCAGUAGAAUGGCCCGUACUGAAGAGCUCAGUGACUUUCAACGUGGCACUGUCAUAGGAUGCCACCUUUCCAACAAGUCAGUUCGUCAAAUGUCUGCCCUGCUAGAGCUGACCCUGUCAACUAUAAGUGCUGUUAUUGUGAAGUGGAAACGUCUAGGAACAACAACUGCUCAGCCGCAAAGUGGUAGGCCACACAAGCUCACAGAACGGGAUCGCUGGGUGCUGAAGCGCGCAGUGCGUAAAAAUCGUCUGUCCUCGGUUGCAACACUCACUACAGAGUUCCAAACUGCCUUUGGAAGCAACGUCAGCACAACAACUGUUCGUCGGGAGCUUCAUGAAUUGGGUUUCCAUGGUUGAGCAGCCACACACAAGUUUAAGAUCACCAUGCGCAAUGCCAAUUCAUGAAGGACUCAUUUGCUCGUGGCUGAACUAACGGGCCUAGCCUGAACCAUGAAAAACAGCCCCUGACCAUUAUUCCUCCUGCACCAAACUUUACAGUUGGCACUAUGCAUUUGGACUCAGUGGAAACUGGAGUGAUGAAUCACGCUUCACCAUCUGGCAGUCCGACGGAUGAAUCUGGGUUUGGCGGAUGCCGGGAGAACCCUACCUGCCCAAAUGCAUAGUGCCAACUGUAAAGUUUGGUGGAGGAGGAAUAAUGGUCAGGGGCUGUUUUUCAUGGUUCAGGCUAGGCCCGUUAGUUCCAGUGAAGGGAAAUCGUAAUGCUACAGUGUACAAUGGCAUUCUAGAUAAUAAUAAUAAUAAUAAUAAUAAUAAUAAUAAUAUGCCAUUUAGCAGACGCUUUUAUCCAAAGCGACUUACAGUCAUGCGUGCAUACAUUUUUUUUUUUGUGUGUAUGGGUGGUCCCGGGGAUCGAACCCACUACCUUGGCGUUACAAGCGCCGUGCUCUACCAGCUGAGCUACAGAGGACCAGAUGAUUCUGUGCUUCCAACUUUGUGGCAACAGUUUGGGGAAGGCCCUUUCCUGUUUCAGCAUUACCAUGCCCCCGUGCACUAAGCAAGGACCAUACAGAAAUGGGUUGUCGAGAUCAGUGUGGAAGAACUUGACUGGCCUGCACAGAGCCCUGACCUCAACCCCAUCGAACACCUUUGGGAUGAAUUGGAACGCCGACUGCGAGCCAGGCCUAAUCGCCCAACAUCAGUGCCCGACCUCACUAAUGCUCGUGGCUGAAUGGAAGCAAGUCCCCGCAGUAAUGUUCCAACAUCUAGUUGAAAGCCUUCCCAGAAGAGUGGAGGCUGUUAUAGCAGCAAAGGGGGGACCAACUCAACUGGAAUGAGAUGUUUGACGAGCAGGUGUCCACAUACUUUUGGUCAUGUAGUGUACCUCAGUUAUACACUUUGGCAAUAAGUGACAUGUAUGCAUCAAGUUUCUUAGUAAUUUUGUUAUAACGUCAACUCUAUAUCCCCUUAAACAGCUUUCACUAACAGAGAGUGAAAUUAGCAAGAUUGGAACCAUCAAGGUGGAGGGAAUCAUCAACCCCACAAAUGCUGAGAUGGACCUCAAAGAGGGAGUGGGUGAGGAUGUCAGACCUGCUUGUCUUUUGAAAGCUUCACAGCCCAUUAUAUUUUUUACUCUCUUACCUGUUGUGUGCUCUUGUCUGCAGGCAAUGCCCUGGAGAAGGCAGGUGGGCGGGACUUCUUAGAGGCAGUGAAAGAACUGAGGAAAGCACAGGGACCUCUGGAGGUAGCAUCAGGUAUGGAGACACCUAAUGUCAAAUCUGCUGGAUGAAAGGUUGGAGAGGUUUUUCUUUUGCAUGGUAAUGAAAUGAUGCAAUUACUGAAUGUGCUUAUCCAAAGACCCAAAUGUAGCAUAAUCCACUUGAUUGAAACAUAUUGUCUCACCUCACUCACCCACCUAACUUCAAAACCCACCUUAUAGUACACUGUCAAUGCUACAUUUAAACCUACAAAUGAAGAGCGAAACAUCAGUGCGUGUCUUCCUCCUGUAGUUGCGGUGAGUCAGGCCAGUGGGAUGCCAGCUCGUUUCGUCAUCCACUGUAACAUCCCUCAGUGGGGCUCAGAGAAGUGUGAGGACCAGCUGGAGAAAACUGUCAAGGCCUGUCUCUCUGCUGCAGAGGAGAAGAAACUGAAGUCUGUGGCCUUCCCCUCACUUCCUGCUGGCCGGUGAGACUAUUCAACUACAGCUUUAAAGGAAAAUUCCACCCAAAAACUAUCUUUUGGUAUUUGUUUAAUUAGUCCAUUGUUGAUAUAGUCCCAAAAUGUUUUUCAUGUCAGCAAUCAAGUUUUCAAAAUAUAUAAUUGUCAUCAUACAGAAAUACAGCCAGUAUGAUGCUUUAAAUCUAUACCAGUAGCUAGGUUUCCAUAAAUGUAUGAAAAGAUAUUCAAGUGAAUAUUCUUAUUCACACAAAAUAAUGUCCAUACAGAUGCCGCAUCUUGAUUUGAUCACUCUGUCAAAUUCAAAUGAGCCUCGUGAUUUACAUAUUCACUGAAAACCUACAGUUCUCCCUCUCUUGCUUGCUCAAACACUAAAGCACCAGACAGAAUGUCCUAGUACUGCAACAUUCAAAAUGUACAAAAAUGUAUCUAAAAUGCAGCCAUACACAUCAACAACCGUCGUUUUAUAUAGCUUAAUAACACAAGAUAGAUGUUGGUCUCCACUACGAAAUACACUGCUCAAAAAAAUUAAGGGAACACUUAAACAACACAAUGUAACUCCAAGUCAAUAACACUUCUGUGAAAUCAAACUGUCCACUUAGGAAGCAACACUGAUUGACAAAUUUCACAUGCUGUUGUGCAAAUGGAAUAGACAACAGGUGGAAAUUAUAGGCAAUUAGCAGGUGGUGACCACAGACCACUUCUCAGUUCCUAUGCUUCCUGGCUGAUGUUUUGGUCACUUUUGAAUGCUGGCGGUGCUUUCACUCUAGUGGUAGCAUGAGACGGAGUCUACAACCCACACAAGUGGCUCAGGUAGUGCAGCUCAUCCAGGAUGGCACAUCAAUGCGAGCUGUGGCAAGAAGGUUUGCUGUGUCUGUCAGCGUAGUGUCCAGAGCAUGGAGGCGCUACCAGGAGACAGGCCAGUACAUCAGGAGACGUGGAGGAGGCCGUAGGAGGGCAACAACCCAGCAGCAGGACCGCUACCUUCGCCUUUGUGCAAGGAGGAGCAGGCGGAGCACUACCAGAGCCCUGCAAAAUGACCUCCAGCAGGCCACAAAUGUGCAUGUGUCUGCUCAAACGGUCAGAAACAGACUCCAUGAGGGUGGUAUGAGGGCCCGACGUCCACAGGUGGGGGUUGUGCUUACAGCCCAACACCGUGCAGGACGUUUGGCAUUUGCCAGAGAACACCAAGAUUGGCAAAUUCGCCACUGGCGCCCUGUGCUCUUCACAGAUGAAAGCAGGUUCACACUGAGCACAUGUGACAGACAUGACAGAGUCUGGAGACGCCGUGGAGAACGUUCUGCUGCCUGCAACAUCCUCCAGCAUGACCGGUUUGGCAGUGGGUCAGUCAUGGUGUGGGGUGGCAUUUCUUUGGGGGGCCGCACAGCCCUCCAUGUGCUCGCCAGAGGUAGCCUGACUGCCAUUAGGUACCGAGAUGAGAUCCUCAGACCCCUUGUGAGACCAUAUGCUGGUGCGGUUGGCCCUGGGUUCCUCCUAAUGCAAGACAAUGCUAGACCUCAUGUGGCUGGAGUGUGUCAGCAGUUCCUGCAAGAGGAAGGCAUUGAUGCUAUGGACUGGCCCGCUCGUUCCCCAGACCUGAAUCUAAUUGAGCACAUCUGGGACAUCAUGUCUCGCUCCAUCCACCAACGCCACGUUGCACCACAGACUGUCCAGGAGUUGGCGGAUGCUUUAGUCCAGGUCUGGGAGGAGAUCCCUCAGGAGACCAUCCGCCACCUCAUCAGGAGCAUGCCCAGGCGUUGUAGGGAGGUCAUACAGGCACGUGGAGGCCACACACUACUGAGCCUCAUUUUGACUUGUUUUAAGGACAUUACAUCAAAGUUGGAUCAGCCUGUAGUGUGGUUUUCCACUUUAAUUUUGAGGGUGACUCCAAAUCCAGACCUCCAUGGGUUGAUAAAUUUGAUUUCCAUUGAUAAUUUUUGUGUGAUUUUGUUGUCAGCACAUUCAACUAUGUAAAGAAAAAAGUAUUUAAUAAGAUUAUUUCAUUCAUUCAGAUCUAGGAUGUGUUGUUUAAGUGUUCCCUUAAUUUUUUUGAGCAGUGUACAAGUGUAUUUGAAAUGCAGCUGUAUGCUACAUAUAGCCUGCUGUAGCCUAUCAAAAUUAUAAAAUGAAGAUAAGACAUCUGUAUCGGCGAGCUGUUGACUAGAACGCAUGCCGAGACCUGAGUGGGUACAUUUGCUGUUUAUCGCAGACUUUUUGUGCCAAAACCUUCGACCGAGUUAAAAACGUGAUGGAAACAAAUAGAAUCCGUUUUUUAUUCAGUAAAUUAAAAAGUUAAGUGCGUUUUGUGUGCACAACGUUAUUACGCACAGCCUUGUUCGCAAGAAGCCAGUUUGAUGGAAAAGCACUGCUGCAGCAACAAGGCUGUGCGUAAUAACGUUGUGCACACAAAACGCACUUAACUUUUUAAUUUACUGAAUAAAAAACUUGAAAUUCUAUUUGUUUCCAUCACGUUUUUAACUCGGUCGAAGGUUUUGGCACAAAAAGUCUGCGAUAAACAGCAAAUGUACCCACUCAGGUCUCGGCAUGCGCUCUAGUCAACAGCUCGCCGAUAAAGUGCAGAGGGUAAACCUACAUGAUGAAAUUAUGAAUAAGAUCGUUUUUAUUUGUCAAUUGGCAGGCAAUCACCAAUCAUCAUGUCACCAGCAUAAAAUAAGACCCUUGAUAUAGAUUGGAAACUAGGCAUUAAGCUUAUCAUGCACUUUCACCAACCUGUGAAGUUUAUCGUAAUUUAUUUAAUCUGUAGCCUAAUCUGCAUGCUUUUUCAAAUUGUAGUGGGAGGACCACACAACCUAUCAAUACAGGACUGCAAAUUUACCUCAACAAUAUUCUAUCAACAAUUGCACAAUAAAUUGUUUCCACCGGAAUUGGUUGCAUAAUCGAAUCACAGCCCCCAAAAAGAUUCACCUUUAUCUAGCGUCUUUUGUUUUGUCGACAGGCACUUGACUCACAAAAAUGGUUGGAUGGAAACCUGCUUACUAACGAUAACAUUAAUGUUAUUUUAAAGGUGCAAUUCAUACAUUUGGUUUCCAGUAAUAAAAAAAGGGGCCUCAGCAGUCUGAACCAGAGCUCUCAAUUUAUCUUUCCUAGAUUCCUUCUUAAAACGCAUUUGAGAAAAUGGUCCAGGGAGUGACCUUUAACCUUUAUCCUUUUUAUAUAAGGUUCAGGAGGCAGGAAUCUCAGAAAGACAAAUUGAGAUUCAGCCCACAUCUGUGCAUCUCUCCUGGUUCUAGGAAUGGAUUCCCAAAGCAAACAGCCGCCCAGCUGAUCCUCAAGGCAAUCUCCAACCAUUUUGUCUCUGCAACGACCUCUUCCCUGAAAAACAUUUACUUUGUACUGUUUGACAGCGAGAGCAUCGGAAUAUACCUUCAGGAAAUGGCCAAGCUUGAUGCCAAGUGAAGAAGAGCUAAAGAGAUGCUAGAUUUGGGGUGUUUUUUUAACAGUUGCAUUUCAGAUGGAUUUUUGUUUUUGCAGCUGGUAUAGUGUGAUGGAAGAUGCUGUAUGUAGGUGUUUUUGAUGACAUUGGAUAGCCCUCGGAAGGUGUUCCAAAAAUGUUUUGUGAGUGAAGUACUGUAUGCAUUUAUGUUACCGUCUUCCUUUUACGGGAUUGCAUUAUUUUUAGACUAGAUUAAGUUAAUAAUCCCCAUGGCUUGUCAUUCGUAUCCCUUAUUUACUGAUAUUGUUUUUACAUUCCAUGUACAAAGACAAUUUUAACGGUUGUUUUUUCUGCCAGAAUCCCUAUGUAGUUUCUGAUACAGUUAGUUUACUAAGAAAAAAAAAGUGUUUCUCAUUCUGCUUUGAAAUAAAAAUCAAGAUGUUUUACACCACAGAUCCAACUGUGAUUUGAUUGAUGCAUAAUUUACUAAACACCCAUGAAUAAGACAGCAACCCAGUUUCAUUACAUUUG